UCUUCCUACUCCUCCAACCCCUUCUCUUCUUCCUUCUCUCUUCACUUCCUUUUCCAUCUCUUUCACUUCUUCCUCCUCCUCUUCCUUUCCCUCCUCUGCUUCCUCUUGCUUCUCCUCCUUCUCUUCAUCUUUUUCUCCCUCUCCUCAUAUAUCUUCUCCUUCUCCCUCUCCUCCCUCUCCUCUUCCUCUUAAUUCUCGUCCUUCACCUUCUCUUCAUUCUCUUCUUCCCCCCCCCUCCAUCCCCUUCUCUUCCUCGUCGUCUUUCUACUCCUCCUCUCUUCCCUUCCUCUGUCCUUCCCCUCCUCUGCCCCUUCUCUUCCUCCAUUUCCUUCCCGUCCUCUUUCGUCUCCUUCUCUUCAUCUUUUUUUCCCUCCUCCUCUCCUCGUCUAUCAUCUCUUCUCCGUCUCCUUCUCUUCCUCCUCGCCUUCCUUCUCCUUCUCAUCCCCCUUUUCCAUCUCAAAUUCCCGUCCUUCAACUUCUCUUUACCCUUCCAUCUCCAUCUCUUCCUCUUGCUCUUCCUUCUCCUCAUCUUCCUUCUCUUCCUCCUCACUUUCCUUCUGCAUCUCCUCUCCCUCUUAAUUCUCGUCCUUCACCUUCUCUUCAUCCUCCUCUCUUUGCCCCUUCCAUCCCCAUCUCUUCCUCCUCGAUCUCUUCCUUUUGCUUUUCCUUCACCUGCAACCCCUUCUCUCUUCCUCUUCCUCCAUCCCCAUCUCUUCCUCUUGUUCUUCCUUCACCUGCAGCCUCCUCUCCCUCUCCCCCCUUCUCCACCCCUUCCCUUCCUUUCCGGGAUGUACAGCUCGGCGGCGCUGAAGACGCUGGAGGACCUGACGCUGGACUCGGGCUACGGGGGCGGCGCGGGGGACUCGUGCCGCUCGCUGAGCCUCUCCUCCUCGCGCUCGGCCUCGCAGGCCUUCCUCGCGCCCUCCUCCUCCUCCUCCUUCUCCUCCGCGCAGCAGCCCCCACCGCGCCAGGGCAACCGGUGGCGCCGACGACGACGCUCCUCGGGCUCCGUGGCCAGCCGGCACAACAGCUGGGACACCGUCAACCCGGCCGCGCUGCCGGAGGAGGAGGCCGGGGGCGCCGCCGGGCAGGAGGACGACGAGGAAGACGACGACGAGGAGGAGGAAGAGGAAGAGGAGGCAGCUGAGGCCGUCUUCUCCCGCUGCGCCCGGCUCCCGGACCUCGAGGACUUCCCGUGGACCGACGAGGAGGUGGCCAAGGUCCUGCGCAAAGGGAGCCAUGGGGAGAACGGCGGCGGCUUCUUCUUCUUCAGCGCGGAGGCGGUGCGGCGCCUGUCCUGGCUGCUGCGGAGGCCGCUGGUGCGGAUCGCGCGCGAGGCGCAGCGGCUGGGCUUGCUGCACGCCAAGUGCACGCGCGCGGGGGUCCAGAGCGCGGCCCGGCUGAUCCAGAGCUGGGCGCUGGCCGAGAGCUGCCUCCUGGCCACCGUGCGCGCCCUCUCGCUCUACAGCAUGAGCGCCGGGGAAGGGCUGCGCCGGGGCACCUCCGCCCGCUGCGGACUCACCUUCUCCGCCGGGCGCUUCUUCCGCUGGAUGGUGGACACCCGCGUCGCCGUCCGCGUCCACGCCUACGCCGCCAUCGCCCUGGCCGCCUGCCUCGAGAACCUGGCCCGGGAGGUCCAGGCGCGGGUCCUCGCCGCCGCGGAAGGGGCCGCCAGGGCCCACGCGCGCCCCCACGCCGCCCCCGAGGCGCUCUCCGCCGAAGCCCUCGAGGCCGCCGUCAACAACGACGCCGAACUCUGGGGGAUCCUCCAGCCCUGCGAGCACCUCAUCUGCGGGAAGAACGCCAGCGGAGUACUUUCUCUGCCAGCAUACUUCAGUCCUUAUAAUGAUGGAUCCAUAUGCAGCAAUGGAAGAGCGGAUGCUUACGCUCAGCUGGAACUUCGAACUUUAGAACAAUCUCUCCUGGCAACAUGCGUUGGAAGUAUCUCUGAACUAAGUGAUCUGGUCUCUCGAGCAAUGCAUCACAUGCAAUGUUUGAACACGCUGCGUCCUGGCAUGAGUCCUGUUCGACAAACCAGGCAGCAGCAGCAGCCCAUCACGUGGUCCCCUGAUGCGCUUCAUACCCUCUAUUACUUUUUACGCUGUCCUCAAAUGGAGUCCAUGGAAAACCCCAACCUGGAUCCACCAAGAAUGGCUCUGAAUAAUGAACGGCCCUUCAUGCUUCUUCCUCCGUUGAUGGAAUGGAUGCGAGUCGCUAUAACGUAUGCUGAGCACCGGCGCAGUUUAAUCGUGGACAGUGAUGAUAUACGGCAAACAGCCAGGCUACUCUUACCUGGUUUGGACUGUGAACCUCGGCAGCUAAAGCCUGAGUGCUGUUUUAGUUCAUUCCGGAGAAUGGAUGCUAAGGCUGCUACUGAAAAAUUCCAGCAGGAUCUGGGAUUUCGAAUGCUGAACUGUGGAAGAACUGAUUUGAUCAACCAGGCUAUAGAAGCAUUGGGGCCUGAAGGAGUUAAUACAAUGGAUGAUCAGGGUAUGACUCCACUCAUGUAUGCCUGCUCUGCGGGAGAUGAAGCUAUGGUCCAGAUGCUUAUUGAUGCUGGAGCAAAUCUAGAUAUACCAGUCCCUGGUAGUUCAUCUCGAUACCCAUCAGUUCACCCUGAUAGCCGGCACUGGACGGCACUCACCUUUGCUGUGUUACAUGGACACAUUUCUGUAGUUCAGUUGCUCUUGGAUGCUGGUGCUCAUGUUGAAGGUUCUGCUGUGAACAGCGGAGAAGAAAACUAUGCUGAGACUCCACUCCAGCUGGCUUCGGCAGCAGGCAACUAUGAGUUGGUCAGUUUGCUGCUAAGCAGAGGAGCAGAUCCUCUUCUGAGUAUGUUGGAAGCUAAUGGGAUGUCCUCAUCACUUCAUGAAGAAAUGAACUGUUUUAGCUAUGCUGCUGCACAUGGACAUAGAAAUGUGCUCCGCAAGCUCCUAACUCAACCACAGCAGUCCAAGGCAGAUGUUCUGUCACUGGAAGAGAUUCUUGCAGAAGGUGUGGAAAGUGACACCUCCAGCCAAGGAAGCUCCAAUGAGGGGCAGGUUAAACUGUGUAAAACCCGGAUGAAGGCUUUACAGCAAGCCAUGUAUUACAGCGCUGAACACGGUUAUGUUGACAUUACCAUGGAGCUCAGAGCACUUGGAAUCCCAUGGAAGCUCCACAUCUGGAUUGAGUCACUCCGGACAACAUUUUAUCAGUCUCGGUAUUCAGUGGUUCAGAAUCUCUUGCGGGAAUUUGUCACCAUCAAGGAAGAAGAGUACAAUGAAGAGCUGGUUCAUGACGGACUCCAGCUUAUGUUUGAAAUCCUCAGAACCAGCAAAAAUGACUCUAUCAACCAGCAGCUCGCAGUUAUUUUUGCUCACUGCUAUGGAAGCAGCCCCAUCCCCAGUAUUCCCGAAAUCAGAAAGACACUCCCAGCUCGACUAGAUCCUCACUUUUUAAACAACAAGGAUAUGUCUGAUGUAACUUUCCUAGUGGAAGGAAAGUUGUUUUAUGCACAUAAAGUUCUUCUAGUUACUGCUUCAAACAGAUUUAAAGCACUGCUGACAAAUAAAUCAGAACAAGACAGCCAAGGCAGUAAGACUGUGGAAAUUAGUGAUAUGAAGUACAGCAUCUUCAAGAUGCUGAUGCAGUAUUUAUAUUACGGAGGAACAGAAUCUAUGGAAAUUGCUAUUACAGAUGUUUUAGAGUUACUUUCAGCUGCAAGCCUAUUCCAAUUGGAUGGCCUCCAGAGACACUGUGAAAUACUAUGUUCUCAGACUAUCAGCAUCGAAAGCUGUGUUAACAUCUAUAAGUAUGCCAAGAUCCACAAUGCCCCAGAGCUGGUCUCUUUUUGUGAAGGCUUCUUCCUCAAGCACAUGAACUGCCUGCUGGAGCAGGAGCCUUUUAAGCAACUCAUCUAUGGUAGGAACAGUAAGGUCCAAGGUCUGGAUCUUCUACAGGACCUUCAAUCUACAUUGGCCAGCAGACUUCAGUCCAUUUACAUCACCUCCAGGGUGUGAUUGCCAAGAGGAAUUACAGACACCCUGCAGGGGAAAUCUGGAGAUUGUAUUCAAAGCACCUGCUCCUCUGAACUGCACUGAGAUGGGAACUUGCCUAAGUGGCCUUCCCCUUCCGGAGACAAGAGACACUCGCUUUAGUUUGACGCUCCUCCAGCACCUCAACUACCCACAAAACAGUAGAUUGCUCAGAGAUGUGUUAAGAUGCUGCAACCAUUUCGACUGAGAGCUGAUCAGAAGGGAAAGAAGGAUGGUGCUAUAUGGCAUGAGUGAUGCCAUCUCACAGGAAAACUUGGGGGGUGGGCUAUAGUGUUCAAAGGAUUUUUUUAAAGCUGCACACAGACCAUCAUUAUUAACUACCAGACAUACUGAUGGAAAGAAAAUGAUAAGAUCCCUAAAUCCUAUUUAGAAUGUUGUUUGUUUACAGAACUUGGAAACAUCCAACAAACAUUUAAUCCACUUAAAUUAAAUGUGUUAGUGAAAACUAUGAUUUGUUACUUUAAUAUACUAAUAACACAUUAGUAAAAUCUUAACUUUAAUAUUUUCAAAAAUUAAAAUUAUUUUAAAUGACGAAGAAGAAACCCAAAUCGUCUCCCCUGUGACCAGGCUAAAUUUUGUGAAAUGUUACUAGUUACUUAGCCCAUUGACAUUCUUGUCAUUUAAAGAUUUAAAUCCUACGGUGCCCAACCUUUUGUCCUUCAGGCGUUUGGGACGCCAGCUCCCAGAAGCCCUGGCCAGAGUUGUCCGAUGCUCAAAAUUUCUCAGAGCUGAAGUCCAGAAUACCUGGUGGACUAAAAUGUGCACAUCUCUGAUUUAAACUCUUUCAAUUAGGAGUGAGCAUUUAAUUUCAAUACAUUAUUUCCGAGCUCUGCUGUAUAACACUAGGUGCUGGUAUUAUAUAUUCAAACAACUUGACACAAUUUGUUAGGUAAGAUUAAUAAUCCCAGAUUGCCAUAUUAUAAACCAAUCUGGUUUUGUUGUCCUAAACCCAGACUUGGUGGUGCAGUUGAAACAAAUGCCCCAGGACUCAUGGUGGCUAAGGUCCCCAUAAUGCCCCUGGCUAUAUAUGCACAUACAUACUUGUUCUGUGUGCUGUUGAAAAAAUGCUCCUGGGGAAUAAUAGAUCUCUCUCCUGUUGGCAGGGUCAGUAGCAUUUCUCACCUGUCUGAGUCCCCUUCUCCAGUUGGGAGCUGGCUACCAUGCUUGUGAAACAAGUCUAAGCUGGCCAGGACAAAGACCGAAGGUGCCCAAAGCUUUCCUCUCCAUCAUCUUGAUCAUGGGCAGUUCUGGGUCCGGGAAGGGUUCUUCUUCACCAGCAGUGCCAUCAAACUUAAUCCCAUGCCAUGCAGAACCAGUCCUUCAACAUGGGAGCCAGGACAUCCACCGCCAGGACAUCCAGUCUUUUUCCUGAGCUCUUUGCCCCUUAAGGACUCACAAGACUGUUAGAAGGACUAAGGUUGUGAGCCACUCUAGCCUUAACCAUGGGGCUGACUUCCAAACAGAAAUGCAUACGAUAGUGUUGUAAGUCUGGUUUCAAAAUGUGCCACCAAACUGAGAUUCUUGAUUACAUUGCAUGCCUUUUCAGUUGCAGCCCUUAAAAACAGGUUAAAGACAAACCAACCAAACUCUGACACUGUCCAGGUUAUUCUGGUUGUGACCUUAACACUGUGGUACCUGCAACAUUAGCUAUGCCAAGGACAGAAGUUGCACAAGAUGUUGCACAAAUACUGUUUGCAUAAAGAGCUCAAGGCUGUUUUGCCCUAUGCUGUAUUUAAGCAAUAAUUCUCUGAAAUUUCUGAUACUGUGCUUCCAAUAUAGACCAUUGUGCUGCUGAGGAUUAUGGGCACUGAACAUGAUGGUAUAGAGUCACAGAUACUUCAGCUAAGGAAAUGAGUGCACAUAAAGAAGUUUGUAUUGUGCAUAUCAUUUGUUGGUGUGGAGGCUGCAGACAUCAAUCAGAGGCACAUUUAGAAUGGAGAUGCAGACAAUCUGGACCGCAUUUGAUUGAAUGUGGAAGGGGGCCGUGCUAAUAUGCAUUCAAAUGUGUUUUCUUCUCCAUGCUUGUUAGUGACAUGACAACAAUUUGCGUGUGACUGUGGCUAAACUGGAUUUCAACCAGUAUAAUUCAGUCCGUACUGAAAUUAGAUUGUUGCUUGCUUUCAGAAGAAAAUUCCUUCCUUUUCUGAAUGCCCAGCAUUUUUCUGUGGGUCACCCUUUCAUUCAGAACUGGAAGAUAAUGCAGAAAGCAUAUUUAAAAACAUAUACAUCAUGUCACCCACAGCAAGUGCUCAAAGAAAAAAUACUUCUACUGUGAAAGAUGGUGGUUGUGAAUUUAAUAAUGGAGGAAAAGGUAAAGGUAGAGGAGAAAAAGAUAAAGGAGCCAAGGAAGAAAUGUGUGUUGCAAGUGUAUUUGUAGAAUUUCAGGAAGGAUCUUGAAAGUGUGAUAGAAAUGAUGCGAGUAUCAAUAUUAAAAGCAAAAAAUGCAAGAGACUUUUCCACCAUUGUCCCUUUCCUCCCAAAAAUGGAAGUCUGUAAACGAAUGGUGGGAUUCAUGUGGCUUUAGAUGUUAUUGGAUGGCACCUGCCAGCAUUCUUCAUCCUGAGCUAUGCCGGUAAGAACAGCUUCGGCUUCUAGUCAUGGAGGGGUGCAGGACCCUCACUCUGCUGCCCUUGCCAUGUGCUGAAGGGCUGUAGUUUUAACAGGUCAUGGGGGGGGGGGGGGAGCAGUGCCACAUCAAUCAUCUUGGAAAACUAUUAAAUGCUUAUUAGAUUGGCUGAACCCACACAAAGGGAGGCAACUUUUCUCAGGGAAUCAGCCUCCUUUUCUGUAUGUGAACUGCCAGCAGAAUUCCAACUCUUUGCAUAACACACCAAAGUUACAGGCUGCAGAAACAUCGUAAUGCCAAUGUAAAAACAUUCAGCCCUCUCCUUUCCCCCAAAACAAACAAAAACCAGACACUCAGAAAAACUGAACUUGCACAGUAGCUGACUAUAUUAAUUAUCAAGUAAGGAGAUCAGAUGUACACAUUUCAAUCACAUGCUUCUCAACUUUGGAUCUGAAACUUAAGCAUGACCCUAUGUUCUCCAGGCUCUAGAAACAGUAUAGGGUUUUGACAAAUUUGUUUGGAAGUACCCCCAAGAGUUUGUAAUUCUAGUAAAUAAUUUUCAAGUAGCUGCGCCAGCUAUCUGUACAAAAACAAAAGAAAUGAGUUCUGUUGUAUUGCUGUAAAAUUGCUUGCUACAUUAACUGUACAUUAAGGUUGCUUAUGUAAAUGUACCAUAUUUUAUUAACAACAUAACUUUGAUAAACUUUACAGGUGAUACAA